UACAAAUCUAUUACAUUUAUUGAGCCAGAUGACCUCUCUAGGCAUUGCACCAACGAUAAAUGGGGACAUUGUUGAGGAGUUUGUUAUCGGAGUGACUGAUACUCUAACUGUUCGUGCUACUCAGAUUAGAUCUGAGGCGAUCAUGUGGCAACCACUGUUAAGAAGUGCUGUUAUCAAGGAGCAUGACUACAAUGUUAUUGCUGUUUAUGAUACGAUGACAAAGGAGCAGCAGAUGGAAAGGUUGAAAGUGGACGGUUUGAACAUUGUAAAAACACUUAUCAACCUCACCAUUUCAAUUUGCAACGAAAAGAUUCUGCAGCACGUGCUUGUACUUGUAAAUGAUGUCCUGAGUGACAAGGAAAACAUUAAGCUGUUUGAAGAGAUCGAGGAUGGUAACGCUGCAGAGAAGUUGGCAAACAAGGAGGCACCCAAAGGGAUGAGUAGUUGGGAGCCGUUCCUGGACCUCCUCAACAGACCUGACGAGUUUAUUGUUAACCAGUCCUGCUUAAUCCUUGCCAAGGUGAUAAGUUGUGGACAGUUUAGACUGGACUCCAAGAACCUGAACUGGUUUAUCAACUGGCAAGUUUCCCAGCUGCUACAAAGCAACACCUACCUUCACACCAUCCUGGCCUCUCAGCAGCUCAUGUUAAGGGUCACAGAGUACAGGGCUCCAUUCCACAACUCUACUUGUCUGGACAAGAUGCUCAACAUCUUGUCCACCAGAAUCAGCUUCCAGUUGCAGUAUCAGAUGGUUUUCUGCUUUUGGCUGCUCAGUUUCAGAACAACGUACUGCUUCAAGUUGAUGGAUUUUAUUAAGCCUACUGCUGAAAUUCUGCGACAAGCUGUUAAAGAAAAGGUUAUCAGAAUAAUAUUGCAGUUCUACAGAAAUCUGUUAACCAAUCACUCAGCUCCAAGAAAGAUAGCUGAACUAAUGAUCCAAGGAAAAGUUCAGGUAGUGAUAGGACAGCUGAUAGAGAAGAACUGGAAGGAUGAGGACAUCAAGGAAGAUGUUGAGCACGUAAAGGGUGUGCUGGAUGAGAUGCUGCAAGAUAUGAGUACUUUUGACAGUUAUCUUGCUGAGGUAAAGUCUGGUAAGUUGGAAUGGUCGCCAUUGCACACAAACCCAGCAUUUUGGCGGGAAAACGCUCAGAAGCUAAACCAAAAUGAUCACGAAGUUUUACGGAUGAUACGGAUACUGCUGAAGGACGAGCAAGACCCGACUACACUGGCUGUGUGCGCGCACGAUGUCGGGGAAUACGUCAGGCAUUACCCUGUUGGGAAAUACAAUGUCGAAAAGUUGGGACUGAAGGAGAGGGUUGUUUGCUUGCUUGAUAAUGAUGAUCCUAAGGUAAAAUCAGCGGCAUUAUUAGCUCUACAGAAACUAAUGCUCAAUAACUGGGAGUUCAUGGCAAAGACAAACGCUUGAUGUGGCAACUUACGGGGGACGUUAGACUUGUUAGACCAUGUUAACCAUCAUGGAGCAAAAACUUGAUCAUUGGCGAUGCUUUUGGAUUUUAGACUUCUUGAAUUAUUGCUGAUUUCGGAUAUUAUUAUUGACAGAAAGCCUAUAAUUAUAUUGAUUGAAUCUUUCUGAAUUAAGCAUAAAACUAAGUUUAAUGACUUUUGUUUUGGAAGUAAUUUUGAAAAUUUAUGUUAGAAUUUUUGUAUUCUGAUUGAACAAAUGGCUGGCCCAUAAUCUUACAAAAUUUGUUGUAGUACUAAA